AUGGUUUUGCCUAUGAGUCUGCUAAAGACGGCUCAAGGGCAGCCAAUAAUGGUUGAGCUCAAGAAUGGCGAAGCAUAUUCGGGUGUGUUGGCCAAUUGCGAUUCGUGGAUGAAUUUGCACAUCAGAGACGCAGUGCUCACUAGUAAAGAUGGCGAUCGGUUCUGGAAGCUAGCUGAGGCAUACAUAAGGGGCAAUCAUGUGAAAUACCUCCGGAUACCAGACGGUGUGGUGGAUAUGGUACAGGAGGACGCUAUCAGGCUUCAACGUAUGAAGGCCGAGAAAGGUGCUGGAAAGGGCAAGGGUAAGGGCAAAGGGAAGGGUGGCGGUAUACCAGCAGGCAAAGGUCGUGGUGAGGCUGCUGGCCCUCGUAUGCGUCGAUAAUCCGGUGAGAAGGGUCGUUACGUCGUACCAUAUCAAUAUCAUAUCCCAACAUACAUCGUAACAGUUUCUCCCUGGUCAUUGUCAUCAGUC